UGAUCUAGACGUUGACACAUAUACCACCUCAUCUAUUAAAAUGGAGGAAGGUGAUGUAUUGGCAGCUCUACAAGAGCGGAGGAAAAAUAGGCAAGAAGGAGAUCAUGUUGAUUUCCAACAGCCACUAGUCCUAGACAUGACUUUACUGGAAGCUAUACUCUUCCAAGUUGUACGCAAGUGUGUACCGGAAGAUGUGUACGAAAAAAUCAGCGAAAUAGUGCAACAUGAAGAUUCGGGAGAUAUCAAAUGGGCUAGGAAGAAGCUACACGAAUUGGAUGUGUCAUAUUGGCCACAUUUGGCACGAACUUUACGCAUAAUAUGCGCCAUAGGCAAUACUGCCGACAAGGCACAAAAAAAGAGAAGAAGAGAUGCAUAUGAGAGGACCAAUGCGGAAGAUAGUGACUUCCAGGGUACAACGUACACGCUCCGUGGCUCAAUGGAGAUGUUUAAGCAAAAGGGCAUGAAACCAGAAGAUAUCUACCAGCACAUCGCAAAUAUGCAUAUUGAUUUCGUAUUGACUGCGCAUCCAACGGAAACACAUAGACUCACUAGCCUGAUGAACCACAAAAGACUCUGCGAGUUGCUAUUGCAAUUUGACGGGCAAAAGUGUACACCAUUCGAGGAAGCUUCCCUUAUCAAGGACCUUGAGAUGCAUAUCGCCACCAUGUGGCAUACGGACCAGAUUAGAAGACAGAAGCCUACACUAUUCGAUGAGAUCGUUGCCGUAGCACACCGCAUUAAAAGUACAAUUUUCGACAGCGUGCCUAAUUUGUAUGAAUACCUCGAUGCAUUCCUUGAGGAGCAGAAUCUACCACCGUUGCCUUUAGACACCAAACUGUUUACCUUUUCAUCAUGGGCAGGAGGUGACCGCGAUGGCAACCCGUUUGUAACACCAGAUAUAACAAGGCAAACUGUAUGCUUCAAUAAGAUACACGCCUGUGAUUUAUAUUUGCAUAUGAUGGAGCGGUUGGCAGAAGAAUUACCUCUGAAGGAUGCCACUGAUGAAUUCAAGUUAUAUACGAGCACUUUAGAUAAGGAGCUGGGCGCCAUACUCGGAAAUAUGGGUGCCAUGGAUGGCAUUGGGGCAUAUUUCUCCGAUGAGUUCACCUGCAUGAUGCCAGAUGCACAACCAGAUGAAGUGUACCGGACACUGUUUAGGUACAUUGGAACCCGGUUAACGAUUACAAGGUACAUAGCCAGGAAGGACCUGGCUAAUGAACGGAGCAAUGUUGCCGAGGGAAUACGUAAAUGCGUUUACAACUCAGUGGCAGAGAUCAUGGAACCCUUGAAGAGGUGCUACGCAUCGCUUUGUGAAGUAGGAUGCAGCAUGUUUGCAAAUUCUAGGCUCAAAGGGGUAAUUAGGUGUUUGGAAACAUUUGGAUUGUACCUGCUCAGGCUAGAUAUACGCCAAGAUAGCUCUAAACACACAUUAGCAGCCGAUUACCUUUUCAAAAAGCUGGGUUUAUCCAACAAACGCUAUUCGGAAAUGCUUGAAUGCGAUAAGGUGGCACUGCUUUCAGAUAUAAUAUCCCAAAAAGGUCAAUUUGGAAUAACUGAAGAUAUGUUAAAAGAAGCGCCGGAUGGAGUUGAUGACGUUGUAGGCACCUUUAAGGUGGUUGGAGAGCUAGGCACUGAAGUAAUAAAUGCAUACGUAAUUUCCAUGUGUCAAGAAGCUUCGGACGUGCUACUGGUUGCAACCUUUUUAGAAAAAAUAGCAGGGAGCCAACGUGAUGGCGUAUCACACCGAGUUAAAAUAGUGCCGUUACUGGAGACUAUAGGGUCACUCCGGUCAUCAAGCGACACUAUGAAGUGCCUCUUCGGCAACCCUUGCUACCGAGAUUACCUAAUAACUUACCACAACAGCACACAGGAAGUGAUGAUUGGAUACUCAGACUCCGGGAAGGACGGAGGACGUCUGGCGGCAUCGUGGGAGCUAUACAAGGCACAACAAAUGCUGUACCAGGUGGCGGAGCAGAGCGCUGUGAAAAUACGUUACUUCCAUGGCAGAGGAGGUUCAAUUUCACGCGGCGGUGGGCCCCUACACCAUGCAAUAAUGUCACAACCCAGGGGGACACUUAACAAUUACCUUAGGCUAACGGUCCAAGGCGAGACCAUUGGCUACAUGUUUGCACUGCCACAUGAUUGCUUAAGAACUAUGGAGUAUUACCUAACGUCAUGUAUCCAAUUUAACGUAAAUGCAGAUGCAAUCGAAGUUAAACCAGAGUGGAUAGAGCUUUGGGAUGAGAUGGCGGAGAUCUCGUACAAAGCAUAUAGGAAAGUAGUUCGCGAUAUACCAGGCUUUCCUGAGUACUUCACAGCACUUACACCAGUGAAGGAAAUGAAAUUAAUGAAUAUAGGCUCGAGACCAGCUAAACGUACGAAGGACGGUGGUAUAGACACUAUACGAGCAAUUCCGUGGGUAUUCGGUUGGACACAGGUACAGCUAAAUAUGCCAAUAUGGCUAGGAUUAGCUGAUGGACUACAACACGCCAUUAGCACGGGACGACUUGAGCUACUUAAGGACAUGUACAGAAGUUGGCCGUUCUGUAGCAGUUUCCUGCACCUAGUUAGCAUGGUACUACUAAAGACGAACGCCAACAUCACCGAGGAGUAUGAAAAGGCACUGGUACCACAGGACUAUAUACACAUAGGUGAGAUGCUUAGGACAAAUUUAAUGCGUGCAACUAAUCUCAUAAAGCAAGUCACAUGCGAACGAGAAUUCUGUGAUCAUGACAUUGUGGUCAGGAGAGGAUUUAGGUGCAAUGCGCGCCUGCUAGGACCGUGCGCUGCACUGCAGAUAGAGACACUAGUAAGAUAUCGCAACAACCCAGAGGACAAUCGCUACCAUGAUGCCCUGGUGAUUAGCAUGAAAGCCAUUGCCGCCAUAAUGCAGCACACAGGCUAAGAUAUCGCAAUAAUAACAUAUAAAUCGCUGUACAUUAAUAUAUGUUCUAAUACAUG